GGAGACAAGGUUCCUGCAGACAUCCGUCUUACCUCCAUCAAAUCUACAACCCUGAGAGUAGACCAGUCCAUCCUGACCGGUAAGACACGUGGCUGUUUGCUGCACUGUUUUUCCUAUACUGAACCAACUUAGGCUACUCUACAACUCUAGUAAAAAUUGACAAACUGCCUUACUCCAAAAGCAUAACAAAACUCUCUCUUCCUGUGUAAUGGCAAUGUAUGCUAAUUUCAGAUGUUCUACAUCUAGCUUUAAUGAUAGUAUGAGCUAAUCAAAGCCUGCAAGCAUACUGUAUGACUUUUAAUUGUCUGCCACAGGUUUAUUUGCUUUCAGUCCACAUAGGCAAACUUGAACUGUUUACAGUGCCUUGCAAAAGUAUUCCUCCCCCUUGGUGUUUUUUCAAUUUUGUUGCGUUACAACCUGUAAUUUAAAUGGAUUUGUAUUUGAAUUUCAUGUAAUGGACAUACACAAAAUAGUCCAAAUUGGUGAAGUGGAAUGAAACAAAUAACUUGUUAAAAAAAAAAAUAACAGAAAAGUGGUGCGUGCAUAUGUAUUCACUCCCUUUGCUAUGAAGCCCCUAAAUAAGAUCUGGCGCAACCAAUUACCUUCAGAAGUCACAUAAUUACUUAGAUUGCACACAGGUGGACUUUAUUUAAGUGUCACAUGAUCUCAGUAUAUAUACACCUGUUCUGAAAGGCCCCCCAGAGUCUGCAACACCACUAAGCAAGGGGCACCACCAAGCAAGCGGCACCAUGAAGACCAAGGACCUCUCCAAACAGGUCAGGGACAAAGUUGUGGAGAAGUACCGAUCAGGGUUGGGUUAUAAAAAAAUAUCCGAAACUUUGAACAUCCCACGGAGCACCAUUAAAAUCCAUUAUAAAUAAAUGGAAAGAAUAUGGCACCACAACAAACCUGCCAAGAGAGGGCAGCCCACCAAAACUCACGGACCAGGCAAGGAGGGCAUUAAUCAGAGAGACCAAAGAUAACCCUGAAGGAGCCGCAAAGCUCCACAGCGGAGAUUGGAAUAUCUGUCCAUAGGACCACUUUAAGCUGUACACUCCACAGAGCUGGGCUUUACGGAAGAGUGGCCAGAAAAAAGCCAUUGCUUGAAGAAAAAAAUAAGCAAACACGUUUGGUGUUCACCAAAAGGCAUGUGGGAGACUCCCCAAACAUAUGGAAGAAGGUACUCUGGUCAGAUGAGACUAAAAUUGAGCUUUUUGGCCAUCAAGGAAAACGCUAUGUCUGGCGCAAACCAACACCUCUCAUCACCCCGAGAACACCAUCCCCACAGUGAAGCAUGGUGAUGGAAGCAUCAUGCUGUGGGGAUGUUUUUCAUCGGCAGGGACUGGGAAACUGGUCAGAAUUGAAGGAAUGAUGGAUGGCGCUAAAUACAGGGAAAGUCUUGAGGGAAACCUGUUUGUCUUCCAGAGAUUUGAGACUGGGACGGAGGUUCACCUUUCAGCAGGACAGCAGGCAUACUGCUGAAGCAACACUUGAGUGAUUUUAAGGGGAAACAUUUAAAUGUCUUGGAAUGGCCUAGCCAAAGCCCAGACCUCAAUCCAAUUGAGAAUCUGUGGUAUGACUUAAAGAUUGCUGUACACCAGCGGAACCCAUCCAACUUGAAGGAGCUGGAGCAGUUUUGCCUUGAAGAAUGGGCAAAAAUCCCAGUGGCUAGAUGUGCCAAACUUAUAGAGACAUACCCCAAGAGACUUGCAGCUGUAAAUGCUGCAAAAGGUGGCUCGACAAAGUAUUGACUUUGGGGGGGGCUCAAGUUUUCAGUUUUUUUGUCUUAUUUCUUGUUUGUUUCACCCCAAAAAAUAUUUAGCAUCUUCAAAGUGGUAGGCAUGUUGUGUAAAUUAAAUGAUACAACCCCCCCCCCCCCCCCCAAAUCAAUUUUGAUUCAAGGUUGUAAGGCAACAAAAUAGGAAAAAUGCCAAGGGGGGUGAAUACUUUAGCAAGCUACUGUAUUCCUCCUCCAGAACCAAGUUAUUCAAAACUUUAUUUGAUAGGUGAAUCAUGUCGCUAACAAAACACCUCCAUAGACUGGUGUAUUAUAAUACGCCAGUAAUGUAAGAGCCAGUUCAAACCCAACAGCUCAGCCCCACCUCACAACAGCUUUUUACUUUAGCUUAUCAAAAUAAGACUUGCAUUAUUAAUUUAAUAUCAUGACACGAUUUAAUUAAUUGAGUUCACCUCUGAGUCUAGAGCCAGGGUUUUCACUUGAUCCACAUUAUGAUAAGAGGCUUUGCCCUGCAUCAUGCGCACAAGCACCAAGAGCCAUGAAUGUUACACAUUGAUUGUGGAGUGGUAGUCUGAUUGUGGAGUGGUAGUCUGAUUGUGGAGUGGUAGUCUGAUUGUGGAGUGGUAGUCUGAUUGUGGAGUGGUAGUCUGAUUGUGGAGUGGUAGUCUGAUUGUGGAGUGGUAGUCUAUGAUUGAAGUUGAUAUAGUUUUUCCCUGAGGCUUUAGACACAGACAAAGGGGUAUCCGUGUGAUAUGUGACCUGCGCUGCUCUCUGCUAUGAUUCCAGGCGAGUCGGUCUCUGUCAUCAAGCACACCGACCCAGUGCCUGACCCUAGAGCUGUCAACCAGGACAAGAAGAACAUGCUCUUCUCUGUAAGCAACACUCUUCUCUCUUCACUUCUUACUGCUCCUUGUAGCGGCUGUGUGAUGAUUGAACUCUCCACCAUCAGCUAGUAGUUUGAGCUUGUCCUUCAGUUACUUGUUUACAGUCAAGCUCAAUAGAGUUGAAGAACAUGCUUGAUGCAUGAAUCCUUUAACUUUCCUUAACAUAACUAACAAAUUAUGGCAGCAUCACUCAAUAUCAAACAUGUACUUAAAUAUACAGACCCUGCUAUGUUAUUUUGGUUUGUAAAAGUGGUUUAAUUUUCUAUCUAGUCUGCUCUCCUCAUGCAUGUGUAUGAUUGUGUGGCCAUAAUAUUCCACCUGUGUGUUUUCAGGGCACCAACAUCUCGUCUGGCAAGGCUAUUGGGGUUGUGGUGGCUACGGGUGUGAACACUGAGAUUGGUAAGAUCCGUGAUGAGAUGGCAGCCACUGAGCAGGAGAAGACCCCCCUGCAGCAGAAGCUGGAUGAGUUUGGGGAGCAGCUGUCCAAGGUCAUCUCUCUGAUCUGCAUCGCUGUGUGGAUGAUCAACAUCGGCCACUUCAAUGACCCCGUCCACGGAGGCUCCUGGAUCCGCGGCGCCGUCUACUACUUUAAAAUUGCCGUGGCCCUGGCAGUGGCCGCCAUCCCCGAGGGUCUGCCUGCUGUCAUCACCACCUGCCUGGCCCUGGGCACCCGCCGCAUGGCCAAGAAGAAUGCCAUCGUCCGCAGCCUGCCCUCUGUGGAGACCCUGGGCUGCACCUCUGUCAUCUGCUCCGACAAGACCGGCACCCUCACCACCAACCAGAUGUCUGUCUGCAGGGUGAGUCUGGUUGAUUGUUUUGGUUGUUUUACACACUGACUGGACAGAGAGGUCUGCCUCUGAAUUGGCUCGGUUGCAUUACCUUGCUGUGAUAGUGUUUGAGAGUAUGUGUAUGUGUGCAAAAGGCUCUUUGUAGUGGAGAAUCAAGAGAGAGAUGUGUUACACAGAGGCGGGGAGGCAGUGACGCGCUGCGGCUUUGAUAUACAUUCAGCCAUUGGAUGACUGUUCAUCCGCGGUGCUCUUGCAUAACUGACCUAGCGUCACUGCUCUGCGAAGCAUCUAGCCCCUCCCUCCCUCUGAGUGGCACCCCAACACACCUACAGCUCUUUCCCAGUGCAGAGAGACAUUUCAUGAUUAAUUGAGCAUGUUUAUUUUAUUUUUGGUGAAUAUGCACAGGUCUUUGGAACUGCUGAUUCCACUCCUUUAAAAUUUGACCUGUUGCAUUAUUUAGUAGGCCUAUGUCUAUCAAACGUUUCUGGAUGAGAGGCUCUUUAUUUGGUAGCGGCCAUUUAUUUACCAGAAUAACUUUCUUUUGAUCUAGCAUUCCAUGGGUCUCUAUGGUCUGUUUUAAUGUAUGUCCCUCUGUAGUCACUUCCUUUCGCCUCUGGUGUAGACUGAAAUUAUUAGGGGAAAGGGGAUGUCUAGUCAGUUGCACAACUAAAUGCAUUCAACCGAAAUGUGUCUUCCGAUUUUUAACCCAUCCCUUCUGAAUCAGAGAGGUGUGGGGGGCUGCCUUGGAGGGAUACUUCAGGAUUUUGACAAUGAGGCCCUUUUAUCUACUUCCCUAGAGUCUGAACUCGUGGAUACCAUUUUUAUGUCUCCGUGUCCAGUAUGAAGUUAGAGGUAGUUGCGCUAACUGGCUGGAAGUUUAUGGGUAUCUGCUAGCACAUGGCUCUCCAACCCUGGUCCUGGAGAACUUCCAUCCUGUAGGUUUUCACUCCAACCCUAAUCUAUCACACCUGAUUCUAAUAAUUAGCUGGUUGAUAAACUGAAUCAGGUUAGUUACAACUGGGGUUGGAGCGAAAACCUACAGGAUGGUAGCGCUCCAGGAACAGGGUUGGAGAGCCCUGUGCUAGCGGAUACCCAGAGACUUCCAGCCAUUGCGCUAACGUUAGUUAGCAUUGGAUGACGAAAUACUGGAUACAGAACAUAAAAAUGGUAUCUAUGAGUUCUUCUGACUCAUGGGAAGUAGAUAAAGGGCCUCAUUACCAAAAUCCCAAAGUAUCCCUGUAAUCAACUUCCCCGUCAUUGGUGCCCGGGGAGCAGUUGUUAUUAGGAUGUAUGAUGCAAUUUUAGCCAUAAUGCACUAGUAAAUUAGCAACUACUAGUCAUCAUAUCCUACUGUACUUAUCUCAUUGUUUCCAUUAAGUGAUGACAUUUUAAGUAACACAUGUUGUAGGCUGUGGAGAGUUCUCCACAUUGCUUUCACCUAUCCCAGUAGUUUGAGAAUGGGAUCUCUGGUGUAGAGGCUAGGAGCCGAAAGAGAACCAUGCCUUCUUCAGGUCACUACCCAGUGUCCACCAACCAACCCCCAUCUCCCUUUUCAUCUGUCAGUGAUGCUUGGAAAAUCUUCCACAAAAUAUAGUUUGUGUUGAAUUCACAGCAACUUAAGCAUAAUGUAUUCAGCGAGAGACUGCUCUUAAAAAAAGGAUGGAAUGCUAUUUUCUUCUAAUCAUCUGACGUCAGCAAGGCUCUCUGAAGUAUGGCCUCCAGCUGGAAAAGGACAUGAAUGAUUACCAUCACUCUUCCUUCCUCCUAUCUAUCUGACAGACUGCUGUGGUGUCCCAGCUGACUGGCUGUUGUAACGUGGUGUUAGUAUGCACGUGCCGACUGCUAGGCUUGGACCAGUCCAGUUCUUCCUGUGGGAAAAGGCCCAGCCCUCCGGGCUCCAGUGCGCUCUUCUCUUUAUGCUGGCUCCCUGACAGAUGGCCUCCACUAUUUACUUAUGGACUAAACCAAACAAGCACUGCUCACUGCUAGACUCCUGCCUUAGCCCCCACACAGCCAUAGGGCAUCUAAAUCCCUCCAGCCCAGAGAGUAUGACACACACACAGUAUAGGGUGGUCUACAGCAGUGUUUCCUAACUCCAGUCCUCCAGUACCCCCCAACAGCACACGUUGUAGCCCAGGACAAACUCACCUGAUUCAACUCAUCCAGGGCUUGAUGAUUAGUUGACAAGUUUGUCUGGGGCUACAACAAAAAUGUGUGCUGUUGGGGAUUCUGGAGGACUGGAGUUGGGAACAACUGAUCUACAGCUCUCAGGCUCUGUGGUGCUGACUUGAUGUAGUCCACUGUGCUAUUAUGUGGUGUUUGCUGCCAUCUACAGUGUACAUUAAGAAACAACCUCUAAUGUAAUGUUGUAACCAUACAUUGGUGUGAGAUAUGAUUAGUUGUGUGUGAGAGACAGCCUUAACUUUCCUUGUCUGUGUUGUCUCCAGAUGUUCAUCCUUGACAAGGCCGAGGGGAACAGCUGCUCUCUGAAUGAGUUCACCAUCACCGGCUCUACCUACGCCCCUGAAGGAGAAGUGUAAGUACCAAAUACGCUCAACGCUAAUCCAUUUACGAUACAAUUAUUUAUUUACUUCCAAUUACAUUAAUAAUUAAACUCCCUCUAACGUUUCAUCUUGUCUCCUGGCCUGUCCUGUGUGUCUCCCUCCAGGUACCAGGAUGGCAGACUAGUGAAGUCCUCUGCGUAUGAUGGUCUAGUGGAGAUUGCCACCAUCUGCGCCCUGUGCAAUGACUCCUCUCUGGACUUCAAUGAGGUCUUUGCCCCUACCUGCAUGCCUAUCUCCUCCUUCAUAUGGAUAAUUAUGGGAUGUCGAGUAGAGGUGACUGAUUGGUUAAUGUUUGUGUCGUCAGGCCAAAGGUGUAUAUGAGAAGGUUGGCGAGGCCACAGAGACGGCCCUCACCUGCCUGGUGGAGAAGAUGAAUGCGUUUGACACCGAUGUCAAAGGCCUGACCAAGAUCGACAGGGCCAAUGCCUGCAACUCUGUAAGUACACUAACUUCAACCAUUGAACCGUUAAAUGGUGUAGUACGCCACAGCUGGUUUUUAGCAGGUUUUCUGAGUGGUGUGUUGUCUAUCAGGUGAUCAUGCAGCUGAUGAAGAAGGAAUUCACCCUGGAGUUCUCCAGAGACAGGAAGUCAAUGUCUGUGUACUGCACCCCCAACAAGGCCCGCUCCUCCCUCGGAAAGAUGUUUGUCAAGGUAUCACCACCUUUUAGAAACCCUGCUAUGUUUGACUCCCAUUGAACCAAUUGUUAGUGUUUUUAAGUCACCCAUGUUUGAAUCUGUGUCAACCUUUAAAAUUCUUUCAUCUCCACAGGGUGCCCCCGAGGGAGUUAUUGACAGAUGUACUCAUGUCAGAGUGGGCACCAGCAAGGUUGCCAUGACCCCGGGCAUCAAAGAGAGGAUCAUGUCUACGAUCCGUGGGUACGGAACGGGGCGUGACACCCUGCGCUGCCUGGCUCUGGCCACCCGGGACGCCCCACCUAGGAAGGAGGACAUGGUGCUGGUCGAUUGUGCCCGCUUCGUUGAUUAUGAGGUGAGCACUACUCUCAUUACCACUGCUGCAUAGAGUAGGAGUUGACAGGCAUUUUGUUAAAAGGCAUUUGUUAUGUGUAGAUAUCAUACCUAACUUAUACUUCUGGAUCCUAUUAAUAUCAUAUGAACAAAAAUAGAAACGCAACAUGUAAAGUGAUGGUCCCAUGUUUCUUGAGCUGAAAUAGGAGGCCAGACAUUUUCCAUACGCACAAAAAGCAUUUUGUGCACGAAUUUGUUUACCUCCCUGUUGGUGAGCAUUUCUCCUUUGCCAAGAUAAUCCAUCCACCUGACAGGUGUGGCAUAUCAAGAAGCUGAUUAAACACCAUUAUCAUUACACAGGUGAACCUUGUGCUGGGGACAAUAAAAGGCCACUCUAAAAUGUGCAGUUUUGUCACACAACACAAUGCCACAGAUGAAGUGUUGAGGGAGCGUGCAAUUGGCAUGCUGACUGCAGGAAUGUCCACCAGAACUGUUGCCAGAGAAUUGAAUGUUCAUUUCACUACCAUAAGCUGCCUCCAACGUUGUUUUUUGAGAAUUUGGCAGUAAGUCCAACCAGCCUCACAACCGCAGACCAUCUGUAACCACGCCAGCCCAGGACCUCCACAUCCGGCUUCUUCACCUGCGGGAUCAUCUGAAAGCAGCCACGCGGACAGCUGAUGAAACUGUGGGUUUGCACAACCGAAUAAUUUCUGCACAAACUGUCAGAAACCGUCUCAGGGAAGCUCAUUUGCGUGCUCGUCGUCCUCAACAGGGUCUUAACCUGACUGCAGUUCGGCGUCGUAACCAACCUCAGUGGCCAAAUGCUCACUUUUGAUGACCACUGGCACGCUGGAGAAGUGUGCUGUUCAAGGAUUAAUCACGGUUUCAACUGUACCGGGCAGAUAGCAGACAGCAUGUAUGGCAUCGUGUGGGCAAGCGGUUUGCUGAUGUCAACGUUGUGAACAGAGUGCCCCAUGGUGGCGGUGGGGUUAUGGUAUGGGCAGGCAUAAGCUAUGGACAAUAACACAAUUACAUUUUAUCAAUGGCAAUUUGAAUGCACAGAGAUACCGUGAUGAGAUCCUAAGGCCCAUUGAUGUGACAUUCAUCCGCCGCCAUCACCUCAUGUUUCAGCAUGAUAAUGCACGGUCCAAUGCCACAAGGAUCUGUACACAAUUCCUGGAAGUUGGAAAUGUCCCAGUUCUUCCAUGGCCUGCAUACUCACCAUUUGAGCAUGUUUGGAACUCUGGAUCGACGUGUUCGACAGCGUAUACCAGUUCUCGCCAAUAUCCAGCAACUUCGCACAUCCAUUGAAGAGGAGUGGGACAACAUUCCAUAGGCUACAAUCAACAGCCUGAUCAACUCUAUUGGAAGGUGAUGUUGCGCUGCAUGAGGCAAAUGGUGGUCACACAAGAUACUGACUGGUUUUCUGAUCUACGCCCUUACCUUUUUCUGGUAUCUGUGACAACAGAUGUAUAUCUGUAUUCCCAGUCAUGUGAAAUCCAUAGAUUGGGGCCUAAUGAAUUUAUUUCAAUUGACUGAUUUCCUUAUAAAUGUAACUCAGUAAAUCUUUGAAAUUGUUGCAUGUUUCGUUUUAUAUUUUUGUUCAGUGUAGUAUAACUUUUGGAUGUUGUCCAGUAUUGUGCAAUUCUAGUAGGAACCCUGAUGGUGACACUGUUUCUCUGCUCAGUCUGACCUGACCUUCGUUGGCUGCGUUGGCAUGCUGGACCCUCCCAGGACCGAGGUGGCUGCCUCCAUCAAGCUGUGCCGCCUAGCCGGCAUCCGCGUCAUCAUGAUCACCGGCGACAACAAGGGCACUGCCGUGGCCAUCUGCCGCCGUAUCGGCAUCCUGGGUGAAGAAGACGACGUGGACAAAAUGGCGUUCACUGGCCGCGAGUUUGACGACCUGUCCCCCCAGGCCCAACGCGAUGCCGUUACCAACGCCCGCUGCUUCGCCCGUGUCGAGCCCUCCCACAAGUCCAAGAUCGUUGAGUUCCUGCAGGCCAUGGACGAGAUCACAGCCAUGGUACCCCCCCCCCUCCUCCCCCCCCUCACAUCCUUAUCCUUACUGUACAUGCAAAGCUGUUAUAUGUAUUACUGUUGUCAUUUAGCCUCCUAUCCACCCUUAAGUAUCUGUGCCACUGUUUUCUCCCACAGACUGGUGAUGGAGUGAAUGAUGCCCCUGCCUUGAAGAAGGCAGAGAUUGGCAUCGCCAUGGGCUCUGGCACUGCCGUUGCCAAGUCAGCCUCUGAGAUGGUCCUGGCCGAUGACAACUUCUCUUCCAUCGUGGCGGCUGUGGAGGAGGGCAGAGCCAUCUACAACAACAUGAAGCAGUUCAUCCGCUACCUCAUCUCCUCCAAUGUGGGAGAGGUCGUCUGGUGAGUCAGCCAUUUGUCAUAUACGUACAGUGGGGAAAAAAAGUAUUUAGUCAGCCACCAAUUGUGCAAGUUCUCCCACUUAAAAAGAUGAGAGAGGCCUGUAAUUUUCAUCAUAGGUACACGUCAACUAUGACAGACAAAUUGAGGGAAAAAAAUCCAGAAAAUCACAUUGUAGGAUUUUUAAUGAAUUUAUUUGCAAAUUAUGGUGGAAAAUAAGUAUUUUGUCACCUACAAACAAGCAAGAUUUCUGGCUCUCACAGACCUGUAACUUCUUCUUUAAAAGGCUCCUCUGUCCUCCACUCGUUACCUGUAUUAAUGGCACCUGUUUGAACUUGUUAUCAGUAUAAAAGACACCUGUCCACAACCUCAAACAGUCACACUCCAAACUCCACUAUGGCCAAGACCAAAGAGCUGUCAAAGGACACCAGAAACAAAAUUGUAGACCUGCACCAGGCUGGGAAGACUGAAUCUGCAAUAGGUAAGCAGCUUGGUUUUAAGAAAUCAACUGUGGGAGCAAUUAUUAGGAAAUGGAAGACAUACAAGACCACUGAUAAUCUCCCUCGAUCUGGGGCUCCACCCAAGAUCUCACCCCGUGGGGUCAAAAUGAUCACAAGAACGGUGAGCAAAAAUCCCAGAACCACACGGGGGGACCUAGUGAAUGACCUGCAGAGAGCUGGGACCAAAGUAACAAAGCCUACCAUCAGUAACACACUACGCCGCCAGGGACUCAAAUCCUGCAGUGCCAGACGUGUCCCCCUGCUUAAGCCAGUACAUGUCCAGGCCCGUCUGAAGUUUGCUAGAGUGCAUUUGGAUGAUCCAGAAGAGGAUUGGGAGAAUGUCAUAUGGUCAGAUGAAACCAAAAUAUAACUUUUUGGUAAAAACUCAACUCGUCGUGUUUGGAGGACAAAGAAUGCUGAGUUGCAUCCAAAGAACACCAUACCUACUGUGAAGCAUGGGGGUGGAAACAUCAUGCUUUGGGGCUGUUUUUCUGCAAAGGGACCAGGACGACUGAUCCGUGUAAAGGAAAGAAUGAAUGGGGCCAUGUAUCGUGAGAUUUUGAGUGAAAACCUCCUUCCAUCAGCAAGGGCAUUGAAGAUGAAACGUGGCUGGGUCUUUCAGCAUGACAAUGAUCCCAAACACACCGCCCGGGCAACGAAGGAGUGGCUUCGUAAGAAGCAUUUCAAGGUCCUGGAGUGGCCUAGCCAGUCUCCAGAUCUCAACCCCAUAGAAAAUCUUUGGAGGGAGUUGAAAGUCCGUGUUGCCCAGCGACAGCCCCAAAACAUCACUGAUCUAGAGGAGAUCUGCAUGGAGGAAUGGGCCAAAAUACCAGCAACAGUGUGUGAAAACCUUGUGAAGACUUACAGAAAACGUUUGACCUGUGUCAUUGCCAAACAAAGGGUAUAUAACAAAGUAUUGAGAAACUUUUGUUAUUGACCAAAUACUUAUUUUCCACCAUAAUUUGCAAAUAAAUUUAUUAAAAAUCCUACAAUGUGAUUUUCUGGAUUUUUUUUCCUCAUUUUGUCUGUCAUAGUUGACGUGAUGAAAAUUACAGGCCUCUCAUCUUUUUAAGUGGGAGAACUUGCACAAUUGGUGGCUGACUAAAUACUUUUUUUCCCCACUGUACCUCCUCCUGCCAACGUGAUGUCUCUGUAGUGGUGUUAUGGUGCUCCUGUGGAGGUUAAUGAUGUUUCUCUAUGGGGGCAGCAUCUUCCUGACGGCUGCUCUGGGCUUCCCUGAGGCUCUGAUCCCAGUUCAGCUGUUGUGGGUCAACCUGGUGACAGACGGUCUCCCUGCCACCGCACUGGGCUUCAACCCCCCUGACCUGGACAUCAUGAACAAGCCCCCCCGCAGUGCCAAGGAGCCCCUCAUCUCUGGAUGGCUCUUCUUCAGAUACCUGGCCAUCGGAUGUGAGUUAAUGGGACUGUUGUGCUUUGUUUCCAACUAUAUAUCAGAUGACUCAAUCUUAAUUUUCCUCUUUCAGUUUACAUUUUCUCAAGCUCACUGCUACUGGCAUACCCUGGCAUAUACUGUUAUUGUGCACCUCUCUGCAUGUCCACUGUCUUCCUAGUUAUAGAACUAGUCUGUCCUACAGUCAGUCAACUGUGUCUCUGUCUCAGGCUAUGUGGGAGCUGCCACAGUAGGAGCUGCUACCUGGUGGUUUGUGGCUGCUGAGGAUGGCCCUAUGAUCUCUCUGUACCAGCUGGUGAGACUAGCGCCUAGAUGUCAGCUUUACUGUCCAUAUGGUGUUGUACCUCCCAGCCUUUCUUAUGUCUCUCAUGUCUGACUCCUCCCCCCACAGAGCCACUUCCUGCAGUGUUCCCCUGACAACCCUGACUUUGCUGACCUAGAGUGUAAUGUGUUUGAGUCCCCCUACCCCAUGACAAUGGCCCUGUCUGUGCUUGUCACCAUUGAGAUGUGCAAUGCCCUUAACAGGUGGGUCCCCUGCAGUGAGAUGAGCUUUCUUUCAUCCUCAAAAAUAAUUUGCAUUUAGUAGAUGACAACUACAACUUUCAAUGUACAAGAAUAGAAUAUAGAGUUUUGACUAAGAUAUGAUCCACCAUCCACAAUCUGACCUUCUCCCAGCCUGUCAGAGAACCAGUCCCUGCUGCGUAUGCCCCCCUGGGAGAACAUCUGGCUGCUGGGGGCCAUCUGCCUCUCCAUGUCCCUCCACUUCCUCAUCCUCUAUGUGGAGCCACUGCCCGUAAGUCAGCUUUACUCAUAUCAACCUCUCAACCCAGGUCAAUCUGUAAGUUCUCCAUUUUCACUCUCUCGCCAUCCCCUCCUCCUCCCUCCUCCUCUACCUCUCCAGGUCAUCUUCCAGAUCACCCCUCUGGACCUGACCCAGUGGCUGGUGGUGCUGAAGAUCUCCCUGCCUGUCAUCCUGCUGGAUGAGCUGCUAAAGUUUGUGGCCAGGAACUACCUGGAACCCGGUAACCAGCCAGAGUCUAAGUCAGCCAGCAAAGGCUGGUCCCUCUCUGCAUGCACAGAGGGCAUCUCCUGGCCCUUUGUGGGCAUCACCCUCCCCCUGAUGCUGUGGCUCUACAGCAUCGACACUAAUGUGUCUGCCCUGUUUUGGUCC